GUCACUGGCGCGGGAAACUAGAAAGCAAAGAACCUCGCGAGUUCUGAGCUCAAGUUCUUCGUAAACCUAAAUUGAAUAUCAAUGAGUUUCUUAUGCGGACAUUGAUGAUUAGCAUCUGGUCGUUCAGAAAAUGUGGAGCCAACAUGACAUCCCAGCAGCUCCCAACACCCAGGACAAGGAGAACCUGACCCUGAAGCUGGAGAGGUUUGUUCUACACCAGCACAGGGACGAUCUCAUAGAGGUGCUACUAGAUGAGGAUGACAACGCUCACUACGCCGUGGUGGUGAACGCCAUGACGCUGUUUGACACGACGGACAUGACGGUCAGCGACGCGCUGCUGCACCAUCCACGGGAGGUGCUGCCUCAGUUUGACGCGGCGCUGGUUCGUGCAGCCAGGACGGUGUACCAAGACCAUGCACAGAAAGAUGAUAUGGUGUUGAAGCCCCACAUACACGCCCGUAUAUCAGGCCUGCCGGUGUGUCCAGAGCUGUACCGUACAACCCUGCCACAGACUACAGACAUCGGCAGUCUCCUCUCUGUACAAGGAACAGUGAUUCGUGCCUCCCCAGUGCGAGUGUUAGAAGAUGAGCGGGAUUACCAGUGUAGCAAGUGUCACCACGUCUUCACUGUAAGGGCAGACUUACAACAGUACUAUACAGGCAGCAAACCUGCGAGCUGUCCUAACCCAGAAGGCUGUGACUCCACCCGGCUGCUGUGCCUCACAGACAGCUCAGCAGCGCCCUCUAGCUGCAGGGACUACCAGGAACUCAAGGUGCAGGAGCAGGUGGAGAGGCUGGCAGUUGGUACCAUCCCCCGCUCCAUGGCUGUUGUUCUGGAGGAUGAUCUGGUUGACUGUUGUAAACCAGGGGAUGACAUCACGAUCACAGCUAUUGUGCUUCAGCGCUGGAAGUCUCUCUACCCAGACCAGCGCCCAGAAAUACAGAUGGUUCUUAAAGCAAACCAUCUCCAGGUGAAUAAUGACCGGAGUAAUCACCUGAGCAUCACGGAGGAGGUUAGGCAGCAGUUCACAGACUUCUGGGAAAAGUACCAUGAUGCACCGCUGCAGGGGAGGAACAUCAUCCUGGCUUCCCUUUGUCCACAGGUUUUUGGUUUGUAUGUGGUGAAACUGGCAGUAGCGCUGGUAAUGGCAGGAGGGGUCCAACAAGUCGAUGACUCCGGUACCAAAGUGCGUGGUGAAUCUCACCUGCUACUCGUGGGUGAUCCCGGCACAGGGAAGUCCCAGUUCUUGAAGUACGCUGCAAAGAUCACUCCCCGCUCGGUGCUCACCACGGGAAUCGGGUCCACCAGCGCAGGACUGACGGUCGCUGCUGUACGGGACUCGGGGGAGUGGCAGCUAGAGGCUGGGGCAUUGGUUCUGGCAGAUGGAGGUUUAUGUGCAAUCGACGAGUUCAACAGUAUAAGAGAACACGACCGUGCAUCCAUCCACGAAGCCAUGGAGCAGCAGACCAUCAGUGUGGCUAAAGCAGGCCUUGUCUGUAAGCUGAACACUAGAAGUACCAUCCUGGCUGCCUGUAAUCCCAAGGGGAAAUACGACCCAGCUGAAUCCAUCAGUGUUAAUGUUGCCAUCGCAAGUCCUCUCCUCAGCAGAUUUGACCUUGUGCUUGUACUUCUGGACACCUGCAAUGCCGACUGGGACCGCAUGGUGUCCUCAUAUAUCCUGGAUGGGAAAGGGUUGGGAGAUUCCAUGCGGGAUGGGGAGGAAGGAACAGAGAACAGUGAACUGUGGACCAUGGAAACAAUGCAGCUGUACUUCAGACUCAUCAAAACACUCAGGCCACAGAUGACUGAGGAAUCCAUCCUGGUGCUCAAAAAGUACUACCAACGUCAGCGUCAGGCCGACCAGAUGAACUCAGCCCGCACCACCAUCCGUCUCCUGGAGAGUCUAGUGAGACUGGCGCAGGCGCACGCUCGCAUCAUGAUGCACCAGGAGGUCAGAGUUCAGGACGCGGUGGUCGCCGUGACGCUGAUGGAAUGUUCCAUGCAGGGGGCGGCUCUGUUCGGAGGGGUGAACGCCAUGCACACGUCCUUUCCCGAGCGACCGCAGGAGGAAUAUAACAUGCAGGCUGAGAUGAUCCUGGCAGAACUGGGGCUGUCACAUAUUACACAUGGGCAGCACAGUCAGGUAAAUCAGAUGGAGAUGUACUGACAGAGUGAACAUUAUCUCAAAUCAAACAGUUGAACUGAAGGGCUCAUCUUCCACUGGUCAUGACAGAGGAGAUAGAUGCUACGAACAGCACUGAAAGGUUCAUUGUACGGGGAAAUUACCCUAGCUCUUUUUGACAAGCACAAUGAACAGUUUUAACAUCCUGUCCUGAGGACUGUUUCCAGCUAUAUGCAUGUCAGAUGAGCAAUAACAGCCAGUAUUGGAACUCCCUCUUGGUCUAGAGGCAGGCUUGCUAACCACGGGAUUAUGUAUGCCUCAGCCUUGAAGGUUGGACUUUUAAAAAGUUACCUUUUAUGACAGAAGAUAUUGAACAUUUAGUUUCCUGGUAUCUAGAUAUGGUAUUGAUAAAUAUAUUAUUGGCAAGAUAAAGUAUUUUUCUUUUGAUUUCAUGGAUACUUUUUGUUCCAAGUCCUGCAUUCCAAACAAAUUUUCGACUUCGUUUAAAUUUUCUUUAACAAUAACAUUUGGUUUGAUUCCAAGAUCAUUAUCAUUGGCUGUAAGAUUUCAAGAUACAUGCAAAUAGGACUACAUUUUGUGAUCCACAAUACAUGCUUUUUAAUAACAAUCAUGGAAAGAAAAACAUGUUUAGAUCAGGACAAUAACAAAGUUACAGUAAUACUCCUGUAAUUGUUUUUCAUUCAUUCAAACUGUAGGUAUGGUAAUGCAAUCUUCAAAGAACUUGAUACAACAAUGCAGAUAUUCUUUAAGUACAGAGAGCUGACUUACAUACAUGGCAACAUGUAGGUACAAGGCAACAGAAGAAUUGAUCCACAUGCACACUGUCAAGCUGAAAUCAUCACACUAACAACAACAGAUCAUGCAAGUUUCCAGACGUCAUAUCACGUUUAUUUUCACCACACUGCUUGUCAAUAAUGACAAGAACAAAAAAAAA